CACCCGCGUUUUCCGUGGUGUUUGGCGCAGGGUGUGUGGCUGGCUCUUCAGGGCGGAAUGCAACCUCCUCGCAGCCGCGCGCAGCGAGGUGAGGGCAUUUGCAAGCGCGGGCAUUUCACCCGCACAUCAGUCCGUCCAGGCUGCACGGACCCUGAACCGGGGCGGUUGGGGGCCGCUCCCAGGCUGGCGUCCGUCGGGGCUGAGCUCGGAGGAGCCAUUGGGGGCCGGGAUGCAACAGGAUUGGGGAGCCGGGCCGGAAAGGAAAGGCCACCUCGCGCGCUUUGUCUCGGGUUCUGGCAGCUUCUCGGGCCGGAGAUUCAAACGCGAGCCGAGGGGCCCCGCGCCCUCAUUGGAAGCGGCCGAGUGACUCACGUUUCCCGGCGCCUCCUCCCUCCGGAGCGGCGCGCCGGCAGCUUUAAAAGGAAGUGACAUGGGUGGGGAGAGACGUCAGCCAGGACCACUGCUCCCCGAAGGGCCCACCCCGUGGGCGGAGCCUGCCCUCCCCGGCGCCGGCGGACCGCAGCCCAGAAAGUGGAGCCGUCCCCGCGCGCGGCCGCCCUCCCGUCGCCGCCGGUCCACGUGCGGGGCCGCAGGAGGCAGGUACGUGCGGCCGCCGCUCCGCUCCGCGCGGCUCCUGUGCGCGGGGGGCGCUCCCGGCCGCCCGGCCCUGCCCUCCGGGCUGACUUCCUGGCACCCGCUGGAAGGGGCAGACGCUCCGAGCCCGGCCCUGCUUCCUCCGGGAGGACCCGCGGGCGAGGCGGUUCCGAGGGCGCCGCCGCCAUGGACCUCGUGGGGCUGCUGAAGUCGCAGUUCCUGUGCCACCUCGUCUUCUGCUACGUGUUCAUCGCCUCGGGGCUGAUCGUCAACACCCUGCAGCUCCUCACGCUCCCGCUCUGGCCCAUCGACAAGCAGCUCUUCCGCAGGCUCAACUGCCGGCUGUCCUACUGCGUCUCCAGCCAGCUGGUGAUGCUGCUGGAGUGGUGGUCGGGCACGGAGUGCGUCAUCUACACCGACCCCCGGGCCUACCCCACGUUCGGGAAGGAGAACGCCAUCGUGGUUCUGAACCACAAGUUUGAGAUCGACUUCCUCUGCGGCUGGAGCCUGGCCGAGCGCUUCGGGGUCCUGGGGGGCUCCAAGGUGCUGGCCAAGAAGGAGCUGGCCUACGUGCCCAUCAUCGGCUGGAUGUGGUACUUCACCGAGAUGGUCUUCUGCACGCGCAAGUGGGAGCAGGACCGCAAGACCGUCUCGCAGAGCCUGCUGCGCCUCCGCGACUACCCCGAGAAGUACUUCUUCCUGAUCCACUGCGAGGGCACGCGCUUCACGGAGAAGAAGCACCAGAUCAGCAUGCAGGUGGCCCAGGCCAAGGGGCUGCCCGGCCUCAAGCACCACCUGCUGCCGCGCACCAAGGGCUUCGCCGUCACCGUGAGGAGCCUGAGGAACGUGGUUUCAGCUGUAUAUGACUGUACACUCAAUUUCAGAAACAAUGAAAACCCCACCCUGCUGGGCGUCCUGAACGGAAAGAAAUACCAUGCAGACAUGUAUGUCAGGCGGAUCCCCCUGGAGCAAGUCCCGGAGGACGAGGACCAGUGCUCGGCCUGGCUGCACAGGCUGUACCAGGAGAAGGACGCCUUCCAGGAGGAGUACUGCCAGACGGGCACGUUCCCCGAGACGCCCGUGGUGCCCCGGAGGCGGCCCUGGACGCUGCUCAACUGGCUCUUCUGGGCCUCGCUGCUGCUCUACCCCUUCGUCCGCUUCCUCGUCAGCAUGGUCAGCAGCGGCUCCUCCCUGACGCUGGCCGGCUUCGUUCUCGUCUUCUUUGUGGCCUCCAUGGGGGUCCGAUGGAUGAUCGGCGUGACGGAGAUCGACAAAGGCUCCGCCUACGGCAACAUGGACAGCAAGCAGAAGCAGAAGGACUGACUCAGGACACGCUCCAUCCCGAGCGGACCUAGGGGAGCGGGUGGGCGCUGUCGGUCCUCCCCGGUGCGACCCAGCGAGGGCGCUGGGCGAGUCCCUGCUGGGCGGCAGGGCCUUUGUUCUCCACGCCGCUGGAUGGGGCGGAAGACGUGCUCCGAUCUGUCCUUCCCCGUGUGCUGUAGUGGGUUCCGGUUCUCUCUUUUCCUGUGUGUGAGUGCGUGCGAGCGUGCGUGCGUGAGGAAGAACAUGAGGUGAGGGUGCGAGGCUGCCUGCAGCCCUGCCCUGUGACCGGGCCGCGGUGUCGGGCGCAGGGGAAGGGCAGGGAUGGGGAGCGAUGGGAGUCCCUUUCAUCCUUUGGUGCUGUUUUCUGUAACCCUGAUGGCCAGGUAGAGCGAAGGCGCUGUAGGUGAGACGAUUAAAUUAUGCCUCCAAAAAAGCAUUCGAGUGUUUGGCUCCUCUGUGCUGUGGUGCUUACACAGACCCUCCCUCCUGCCACGCGGUGAGGCAGAGGCCAGCACAGUGUGACUGCGAUGGGAGCAAUGCAGCUUGGGGGCAGGGAGUUCCAGGCACUUCCUCUAGUGACGUCAUUCAAAACACCAGCCACCCGAGACCGCAAGCGCCCGCCUGGGAGCAGGGAGUGGGCAUGGUGGGCCUCGGAGCAGGAGCUGCGCACCGGGGCUGGCCUGUCACCCAGUACGUCUGUAGAGGGCACACACCUGGCCGUAAGGGCAGUCAUGCUGGAACAGCUCUCGACCGCUGCAUUCUCUAAACAAAUGCACGCAAAACCUUGUAAAGUAGCCACUGAUGUUUAAGAAUUAAAAAAACACACAUUGGCGUGUUCAAAUACAGUUGUAAGUGGACCUGAGAAACAGGGACUUGGACGUAAAAUCCUGUGACACCUGUCCAGCCACACCCAGCAGCAGGGGACGUAACGGACACAGAAAGGCCUGGCAGCCUGCUGCUCCUGGUCGAGGGGAACAGGGUCUGGCUGGUCCCCAAGCAAAACAGACUGCGGGGUGCAGGGGCUUCCCAACUCCCUCGGAUGUGUGAGACGAGGGAGGAGGGUCAGAGGGAGGUCAGAGGGCAUUCUCCGAGCCCAGCAAGAGAUUAGCCUCGCUUCUCCGAGGUACCGGGCGCAGCUUGCUGGCGAUAAGAUGGUCUCAGACCCGCUGCCCUCCCCGCCCUGGCGGUGCAUGGCCCUUCCCUGCGCUGAGGGCCCGGAGCCGCAGGACCCCUGCCAGUGCCCCCCCGCCAGUGCCCACCCCGCCAGUGCCCACCUCCGAGGGUGACAAGCUACAAAAGACAAGGCAGCUGCACUUUCCUA